AUGUCUGAUUAUAGGUGGUAUAGAGAUAUGUUCUUAUCUAAAUUAUGCCUUAGGUCGGAUGGUGCGGCAGAUUAUUGGAAAGAAAGAUUUAUUAGUGGUUUACCUAGGUUAUUUGUAGAAAAGGUAAAAAUUAAUAUUAAGCAAAACUUUAAUGGAACGAUCCCCUAUCAGUCAUUAACCAUUGGAGAAUUAUCUAAUUAUGUAAUUGAAAUUGGUAUACAAAUUUGUACAGAUUAUAAAUUACAAAAUAAGAUUAAGAAUGAAAAGGAUAGUAAUAGGCGUGAAAUGGGAUCAUUUUGCGAGCAAUAUGGAGCUACUCCUUUGAGAGCUCCGAGUAACCCCAAGAAUAAAAAACCUGCUAGUAAAGGAAGAAAUAACUUCCAUUAUCAUAAGAAGCAAUUUUACAAAGACAAGCCAGAAUUUUAUAAAAAACCUUACAAGAAAAAUUAUGGUAAGAAACCUUACAGAAAAUAUAAUAAUGAAUCUAAACCCAAGGAUAAAGAUGUUAAAUGCUAUAAGUGUGGUCGUUUUGGCCAUUAUGCUAAUAAAUGUAAGGUUCAAGAAAAAAUUAAUCAACUGAGUAACUUAGACAUUUCAGAAGAGUUAAAAGAAAGUUUAAUAACUACUUUAAAUAACAUCUUGUUAAACUCGGAGGAAGAAGGGUCGUCAACAUCUGAAGAAUCUUCUUACGAAGAAUUACAUCAAAUUGACAAUUCUGAAAAAUCGGAUGAUGAUUCUGAUGAAUGUUUAGGCCUAGAUUUCUGUAAUUGUGACAAUUGCAACAAAGUAAUUAAUGUUUUAACAAAUAAUCAAGUUAAUACUUUGAUAGGAAUAUUAGACAAAAUGGAAAAUUUAGAAAGUAAGAAUGCUUUCAUGAGACAAAUUAAAAAUAUUAUAGAUGAAAAUGAUAUUUCCAAAAAGAAUAUUCACAAAGUAGAAUUUAAAAAUGUUAUGGAUUUAUUUAAGAAACCGGUUGAAAAAACUGUUUCUGUUAAAGAUUUACAAGAAGAAAUUAGUAAUUUAAAAAAUGAAAUUAGAAUUCUAAAAGCCAGGGAUGAUGAGAUAGAAAUUAAACUUUUAGAGUUACAAGGAAACAUGAUUAUUCAGAAUCAAUCCAAUAAAAAUUUAGCCUCAUCUAGGUUAACCAAAAAUAAUGAGGAAACUAUUAUUCUGAAUAAUGAAGAUGGGAGCACAUUUUAA